AUGGCCAACCAGGCUGACAAGAGCGUCUUCGGCAUGCCCGGCUUCGUUGUCGACUUCUUGAUGGGUGGUGUUUCCGCCGCCGUCUCGAAGACCGCUGCUGCCCCCAUUGAGCGCAUCAAGCUCCUCAUCCAGAACCAGGAUGAGAUGCUUAAGGCUGGCCGUCUCUCCCACAAGUACGCCGGCAUUGGUGACUGCUUCAAGCGCACCACCGCCGAUGAGGGUAUCGUCUCCCUCUGGCGUGGUAACACUGCCAACGUUAUCCGUUACUUCCCUACCCAGGCCUUGAACUUCGCUUUCCGCGACACCUACAAGUCCAUGUUCGCCUACAAGAAGGAGCGUGACGGUUACGCCAAGNCUGCCGGUGCCACUUCCCUCGCCUUCGUCUACUCCCUCGACUACGCCCGUACCCGUCUUGCCAACGACGCCAAGUCCUCUAAGGGCUCUGGUGAGCGCCAGUUCAACGGCCUGGUCGAUGUCUACAAGAAGACCCUCGCCUCUGACGGUAUUGCCGGUCUCUACCGUGGUUUCAUGCCCUCCGUCGCUGGUAUCAUCGUCUACCGUGGUCUGUACUUCGGUAUGUACGACUCGCUCAAGCCCGUCCUCCUCACUGGUAACCUCGAGGGCAACUUCCUCGCCUCUUUCCUCCUCGGUUGGUCCGUCACCACCGGUGCUGGUAUCGCCUCUUACCCUCUUGACACUAUCCGCCGUCGUAUGAUGAUGACCUCCGGUGAGGCCGUCAAGUACAACGGUACCCUCGAUGCUGCCCGCAAGAUCGUCGCCGCUGAGGGUGUCAAGUCUCUCUUCAAGGGUGCUGGUGCCAACAUCCUCCGUGGUGUUGCUGGUGCCGGUGUCCUGUCCAUCUACGACCAGGUCCAGCUCAUCCUCUUCGGCAAGAAGUUCAAGGGUGGUUCCGGUUAA